AUGGAGGGCUCCGCCCAUGGCAACCAGCAGGCGGCGAGGCUGAUGCACGCCGCCUACAGCCAUCACGCGCCCGAUGCCGACUCCCCGGCGCCCGCGGCGGGCCGCCUGGAGGGCAGCUGGCACGGCCCCUUGUCGGCCGCAGAGCUGCGCCGCAGCCUGACCCAACUCAGCUCCCCCGCGGCCCUCGCCCCCGGGAGCCGCCCCGCGCCGGGGUCGGCCAUACUGGGGGACGAGACCUGGCAUGGCGGGGCGCGCGGCGUCGGCGGUGCCGGCACCGGCGGCGCGGCGGCGCUGGCGGCGCUUACGGGGGCGCACCCUUCUGAGGUGCAGCGGUUCCUGGAGCAGGCGCGGCAGCGGCGGCAGGAGCAGCGCAAGGUGGCGCGGCUGGUGCUGGAGGGCUCCACGCGCGGCGGCCGCGAGGCCGGGGUCGCGGCAGCGGCAGCGGCGCGGGAGGGGAGGGACGCGGCGGGGGGCGGAGGGGGAGGCGGGCUGCUGCACAAGCUGAGGACGGGGGUGGCGCGUGCGCUGGGGAGGGACGAGGCGGCGCUGAGCGGGAUCUGA